AACUGUUUCCGUUUCCUGUGUAUUUUUGCAGCUACACGACUGCUGCUAAGUAGACAUAACAGGUAUCUAAAUAUGAGCAAAAUGACGUAGUUUAACUUCAAAUUAAGCCGGUUUUUGUAAUUAAAACAGCUGGUGUUAAGUGAUGCUAGCUUUAAAAUAACGCUCGAGCGGCGGUCUUGCUUAAACCGCAUGUAAACAAACCCGGGAGGGUUUCUCCGCCGCUGGCGUUUCAAACUCCAGCAAACUUUUUUCUGGUUGAAAACACUUUCUGAGAAAUGUCGUGGUUCAGUCAGGUCAGUCAAGGUCCAUGCCAGCGGCAGGCCGCUGAUGGCCAGCAAUUUACAGCCCCGAAUAUCCUCGGCAGCCCCUAUAAUCCCACUAGUGUACCAGCAGGAGCAGCGACCCCUGCUACCCAGAGCAACAGCGGGGCUGGCCUGCCUUCUCCAGGCCAGUUUGACCUGCCAUCAGCUCCUCAGGCUGCAGCCAGCCCUCCCAGCCUGGAGAACCUGUCCUGCGCCGGUCAAGACAGACAACCAGAGCCCAUUUCCUAUGUGACCUUCCAGGAGCAGCGGUGUGUCCUGAGCUGGUUCCAAGGCUGGAAUGACCCCCAGAAGGAGAGGUUUCUGCAGGAUCUUGUUGGCAAAGCCCUGCCGGGGAAAGUGUGCACUCUCCUAGACUCACUCAGCACCCUCCAGGUACUCCCUGCUCUGUUACAGGUCAAAGACAAACUGCCCAACAUCUUUGAGUGCCAGCUCCGGCUGUGGACCCAGUGGUUUGAGUCCUGGGGGGAAGAGGAGAGGAAUCAUUUCCUGCACAUGCUGGAGGAGAAGGACCCCAUGUUUGUUGCCCACUUUUACAGGAGUGUAGCUGGCACCGCAGGAAGAGACUGACCAGAAGUCUGCAUCAGAGGACAUGCCUGCAGAUACUGCAUUCCUUAGAUUUCCUACACACUUCUUACAUAGAAAGUCCACACUU